AUGCUUCCUCUCUUCAACAAAGUACUUCCUCUCUUGAUCAAGAUGCUUCCUCUCUUCAACAAAGUGAUUUCUCUCUUGAUCAAGAUGCUUCCUCACUCCAUCAUGCAGCUUCCUCUCUUGAUCAAGAUGCUUCCUCUCUUGAUCAUGCAGCUUCCUCUCUUCAACAAAGUGCUUCCUCUCUUCAUCAAGGUGCUUCCUCUCUUCAUCAAGAUGCUUCCUCUCUAA